UUAUUUUGAUUGGUUUUAGUCGACCUUUACGUCGAAAUCUUUUCUCGCUGUAGUGUGUGUUCUUUGGUUUCGCUAUCUUUUUAUUUACGUUCGUUGUGAGAGUGCCUGUGAAAAUGGUGAAGGAAAAGCCGAAUUCGACGAGGAUAUAUGAUGAAGACGGCUUCAGGCGACGGGCCGCCUGCAUUUGUGUCCGAGGGGAUGAGUCUGAGGUGCUGCUGGUCUCCUCUUCCCGGCGACCCGACCACUGGAUCGUCCCCGGCGGCGGCGUGGAGCCCGAGGAGGAGGCGAGUGUCACGGCCAUCAGGGAAGUCCAGGAGGAGGCGGGCGUCAUCGGCAAGCUCGGGCGUUGCCUUGGUGUCUUCGAGGUAAUAAAUUGUGAGCAGAAGCACCGCACUGAAGUAUUUGUUAUGACCGUGACUGAAGAAUUGCCUGAAUGGGAAGACUCACGUAGCAUUGGUCGUAAGCGGAAGUGGUUUACAAUGGAAGAUGCAUUAACUCAGUUGUCUCUCCACAAACCGGGUCAACUAACUUACUUGCAGUCUCUGCUUACCUGUCGCAAUGAGAAGGUCACUUGAAGCAUCACCCUUAACUUGCACCGAGACCCUCAGCUCCCAUUCUUCACAAGAUUUUUUUUAGAGUUUGUAUCAAAGACAAAUGCUCAGCUGAUGUUCAGCAAUAGCAAGCUUUAUUUGUUAGUGUUUUGCUUUUUGAAUCAGUAAUUUUAUGUUGUGGUUGAAUAAAAUCAACACUGGGAUUAUGUCCAGCCUUUCCCCUCCCCCUUUUUUUACAUCAUUUUUAACAAAUAUUUUUGUAAUAGUUCUGAAAUGUUUUUCCAUCAGUGUAAGUAGAUCAGCAAGUUUAUUAGGUCAUUUGAAGACAUAACAUGUGCAUGGGAGCUUUCAGGGAAACUGGAUGCAUAUCCUGUAUUUCGUAUGUCACUGUAUGGAAUGGAAGCGCCAUGUCUUGUCUUCUCCUGUUUACUAUCAACCUGUUGCCUCUUGUGAGCUCUGUGAAUAUGAAAGAAAACUCCAGUUAUAAAUCAUAAUUCACUAAAUUGCUUUUGCAUCUAGUUUGACCCAAACACCAAUACUAGUAUUGAUGUGAACAGUUAUUGUGUACUGGGGGUCUUUCAUUUGUUUAGCUCUGUAAUGUUGUUGUUUCUUGUUUAUAGGCACCUGUAUACAUUGAGUGACACCUUGUAUCUGUGUGAGCUGCGUGGGUAGUGUGUGCAAUGGGGCAGAUAUGUGUAAAUUUUUCUUCUCAGAUUAUGAUUUUGUGACUGAGCUGUUGUCAAAGUGGACCAUCUGGACAGACCAAAGGAGCCCUUUAUUGAGAAUAUGAAAACAUACAUUGUGGGGAGGGUUACAAGUGGAAGGAAGAUGUGAAUGUGGUGUGGCUUACUGAUCAGUUUUGUACUUGGACACUUGUAUGCAUUUCAUACCACAUGAUACCAUUUGACAUCCUACAGCAUUAUUUUCUAUCUGAAGUAGUUAAAUGCUGCACGAAUUGUAUAAGACUGUGAUCAACUGUGUUUGUUUCUUUUGUUGUUGUUUUUUCUCUUUCUGGUGAGUUUGUUCUGAUCAUAUGUGCAACCAUUGAUUGGUUAUCUUUAAGUAGAAUAGAAACUUGACUUUUAUUUACUUUACUUGUGAAGGAUUCUCUUAUAAACCAUAUAUUAUCUGGUUUAAAUAUAAGUACAGUAGUCAUGUAAGGAUUGUACACCGGAACGUUUCUUAACUGAGUCUUGCUAUAAAUUCUAAAGUCAUUUCUAGGAUAAAAUUGUACUUACCUUUUCUGUUUUUGUAACACACAAUAAGUUUGGUUUAUAUUUCUUGGGGAAAAGAAAAUAGAUCUGGAUGUUCUCACUAAAACUCAUCAUAAUUUGGAGUGGUAUCAAGAUAUUUGCCUUAUUCAUUUACAUGUUUUAUUUAAGCAACUGCAUGCUGCUAGUUCAUUAACAAAUAGUGUUUGUACAGCAUUGUACAUUCAACAUAACCUGAUCAAACUAUUGUAAUGACAUUAAAGUGAUUGCUUCUGUUAUGAUUUUUCUCUGUAUUACAGCACUGCUUGUAAAGAAAUUUAAUUCUUUUUUCUUGGGUCUUCAUUCUUUUCUCCAAAGCAACCGCACUAUUACUGUAUAAAUGUGCAAAUGUGACACUGCAUUCUUAUGUAUGUAUGUAACUUUUGUGCUGCUGAAAUGCCUAUAUAUAUAUUCGUUUUUGGUAUCUACUCGAUUCUACCUUUCAUUUCAAGAUGGGCCUAAUUUUUAUUUUGCACUGUAACUGGUAUUUUUCACGUAGACUUAUGAAAUUCUGUUAGUUUUGAGCUGUGAGUUAGGAGUACAAAAGUAGUAUCACAAUUAAGAUGUUUGGCUGAUGCUAUAAUGUAGCUUAGUUCUUCACCAUGUUGCAAACCUUAUUGGUACUUGUUGAAAAUAUCUGUUUUGUGAUACUGCUAGGUGGUCCAAGCUGUGAUUGUGAAAAUAUACAAGAAUUGAAAAGCUGUGCUUUUCAACAUUUGUUGGCUUUAUUCUGCUGAAAAUGGUCAAUUGCAAUAUUUUAUCUUUCUGCAGACCACAUUUUCCUUACCAAUUACCUUUAUCUUCUAACGUUCUAUUGGGUUGGCCUUUUCUAUCCUUUUUUUGUGAAAGAUUUUAUGCCUGCUAUUAUCUUUGACUAUUUGUAGAUUUUUUAAAAAGAAAAUAGAUAUUAAUUUUAGGAGGAAAUGUGAUUUUUGUGGUCUGUCAUGUUUGGAAAUUGGAAGGUGCCAUACUUGCUUUCAAAGUUUGCAUAUUCAUGUGAAUGUCCAUACUGCAUGCAAAGUAUCAUAACCCGAUUAAAUCCGAUCAUGCUAGGAUGCACAAAUGGGUUUAAUAAACAUUGAGAGUGGUGAAGUA